AUGGCCACUAUAAAAGUUUUUUCACUUUUGAUUAAAACUUUAAGUAAACCGAUUGCUAAUAGUAUGAAAUCUAGAGCACAAGAUCAUCCACAGUUUCGAAAACUUUGUGUUGGACUAGCUCAAUCUUUACAUAGAUACGAAACAAGAUUAUCAUCUGGAAUAUUUUCCAAACUUCAACCAACCAUUAGACCCCUAAGUGAUACAAAAGCAAUUCAAAACGGAGCUAAUUUUCUAUCUGAAGCUUUUUUAUUUACUGUAGCUCUCGGAUUAAUUGUGGGAGAGAAUUUACGUAGUAGGAUUCAAACUGCAAAUCGACGAGAUAAAGUGAAUGAAAGGUUAGAAGAACUUGAACAAUCGAUUGUAACGAUCAAUUCAGGACAAAUCGAUUUACAAAACCAAGUAUUUGAACUGAUUAAGACUCAUGAAGAACUUCUUAAAGGUUAUAGAACUUCAAAUCAAGAGAAUGCAAAACUUGAAUCAGUUAGCGGGUCAAGUCAUGUUGGAUUUAAAGAUGAUGAAUUAGUCAAACGAGCUGAGAUCGCAUUAGGUUGGAGAAAGGCUUGA